AUGGCACCACUCCGUUUUAAAAGAAGAAAGAGAAAGACUGUACGAAAGAACCACUUCUGGACAUUGGAGGACUACAGGAUUCUUUCACACCUGCGGUACCUUCACCGCUGGAGCACCAAAAAGGUCCAGGAAUCACAUUUUCCUUCGCUAUCACUAGGCGCACUUGCUACAGCCUACUCGCGCACAUUCUCCGAGGUUCAUAUACGCCAGGCACUACUCACCACCCACCGUACUCAAUCAAUGUGUGUUGAGUACGGACCUUGCUAUCUUUAUCCUUCUCAUUAUCAGCCUCAAGCCACUCCAUCUCCGUUGGAUCCUCAAGUUGGACCUGCAAGAUUGAAUCACGGCGACAAAAACCGUUAUAACCUUCGACCAAACCGGCCCCUCGAAUUUCCGCAGAAGAAACCAAGAUAUCUAAUUGAUCAUUCUCGCUUCCCUCAUUUCUUCAAAUCCUAUAAACAACAUCUGGGGUCACACGACUCGCCGGAUAGAGACUAUACCCCUCCAUCCUGCACCCCCUCGCUAGACUCAUCAGAUCGAAGCCCGUCGGUUAUCUCGACGCAGCUCAGUGAAGCCUCUAGCCUAGAACUUUUUGGUCUGGAGCCACGUUCUCCGGAAGCAUCACACAGAGAAUCUACCCCAAGUCAAUCCAGCAAUACAUUGAGCUCCGAAUUCCAAUUUGGCCUGAAUUCAUUCUAUAAUGCUAUUCCCAUUCUUGACAACGCCAAUGACUGGUUCAAAUGGAGCCAGAAAGUCAAGGAGUUCAUCCGGAUAUCUGCCGUUGCCGAUGAUGGAGCGGCUCCGCCAGAGGACGAAGAAGAAGAAGCACAGAAAUGGACUCACCGCCAGAAGCUUUACUCCGCUAUGAUCGCGGCCAAAUUAACGCACGACGCAGCACAACGGAUUAACGCCUUUGAUAUCACUCAAGUACAAUCGCUUCUCAAGGCAGUCAAGGCCAAAUUCAAACCAGGGGGAUCUGGAACAUAUGUACAGCUGCAGAAACGAUAUAUGUCUCUCUCUAGAGCAACAUGUGGGAGUGUUCAAGCCCUCGGGGCUGAGAUCAGGAAAAUUCAUGCGGAGAAACUCCUCCUUGACAAGGACUGUGUCACUUCCGAAAUUGAGCGUAUAUUCUUCUUCCUACAGGCAUUGGGUCCCGAGUAUGAGAGUUUUCGCGACCACACCUUCCGACAAACAGACAUGGUUAAUGAAAGGAACGAAGAUGGAGAAAUUACAACGGCAGCACCUACAUUUGACUCGAUUGAAAACAAGGCGAUCGAAGAAGAGCAUAGAAAAGGACAACUAGGCAAGCUACCGGAUCCACAAGUGCUUCCUACCUUCGCUCUGAUGCGAAAAUCCGGGGACCGCAAAAUUACACCGUCGGCGGAUGGAACCACGUGUAUUAUUGAGACAAUUCAAAACGCUCCAUACUGCUCAUUUUGUCAGAAGCCUUACCAUGUGGAAGCUCGUUGCUUCAAGAAAAAUCCAAAGCUAAGGGAUCAGGGGAAAGACGAUAAGGCCCGCAAGGCAAAAUCUGAUAAUUCACGGACAGACACGCGCAACUCGUCCAAAAAGCGGUCUAGCACUGAUGAUGAAGACGACAACGAGGGCGGCCCAAGAGAUCCGAAGCGACCCACCUUCAUGGCAACAAUGGCCUCAGAAGAGGAUGUCAAUGCUGCGUUUGUGCAAAUAGAAAAAUACUACGGACCACCACUAAGGAGCGUCAACACCUGUACAACCCCAUCAGGGGUAGGAACAGUAAACAUCCUAUGCAAUGUGCAAGGCAGAAGGAAAUGGCUAGUGCUUGACAAUAUUCUCUUUGUUCCCUCAGCGCAUGCAAACCUCAUAUCUGUGCUCCAGCUUCUCAAACGAGGAGCAAAAGUCGAGUUUUCAAGCCAAAGUGCCAGCAUUCGCAACAAAUCAAACGGGAAGAAUCUGUACACUGCCAGCCAGUAUCAUGGCGUCUUUCCCGCCUAUCAUGUCAGUCCACAGAUGACUCUCUGGCAUCACCGACUGGCCCACAUGAGCGACGCAAAUUUACGACGACUCAAGAAACAGGCGUAUGGGGUCCGGGACAUGGAACCACGUCAGCCAUGUAACCCAUGCCUUCAGGGACGCAUGAUUGAAAGGCCCCACAAGUCGUCCGGAAAGAAAGGAGAGUAUGCAAUGGAACUUCUCCACAUUGACGUUGCAGGCCCAUUUGAUGAGGGCCUGGAUGGCAGUCGGUACUGGCUGACCAUCGUUGACGACUUCACGGGAUGGAUUGAAAUCAUCCCCAUACCACGUCGACAAGAAUUUGUUAUAGAAUCACUGCGUUUCUUCCUGGAUCACAAUGAACGUCCGGAACGAAAAUGCAGACGAAUACGGAUGGACCAGAUUCCAGAGCAAGUGGGAGAAGAAAUGAAAUUUACUCUCUUCUCACGGGCCAUCCAAGCUGAAAUCACAGGCGUAGACCAACACCAGCAGAACGGGGUUGCGGAGAGAGCGCACAGGACAAUUUAUAAUCAGGUUGGCCCGACGCUCGCACGUACAAGGCUGCCUGCCAAAUUUUGGCCGGAGAUUGCUCAGACGGCAGCGUUCCUGUCUAACCGAUCGCCGUUAUCGAAGCUCAAUAUGACUCCCUAUCAAGCUUGGUAUGGUGACAAGCCAGACCUAUCACGACUCCGAGUAAUCGGGUCCAGGGGGGAAUACCUAAUUCCUCCCAAACAAAGAAAGAAAAUCACGGACCCAAGAACGAGGCCAUGUCUUCUACUUGGAUACGAAGGGAAUACAAACUAUCGUAUCCUGCUAGAAGACGGCAGAAUCAUUGGGACUCCAAAUGCUGAAUUUCAUGAAGUCCUAAUCACUCCCUCCACACAGACAAGACCAGAUGUGGGAGCGGCACAAGACGACUCACCUGCGGUAACGGCUGCUGCCGCAGGGGGGAGUGAGACGGUGGGACUAUUAAACCAACCGUCGGUAAGUACACGGCACACAUCCGUGCCCGCCUCUGGUCGUCAAAUGUCCACGACACCACGAGAGCAAAGACUGCCUGAGCUGGGUCAUGAGCCAUCGUCUCAGUCGAGUGACGAGAACUCGCAGCCCGUUGCCGGAGAGGGAGACACCCCAUCGCCCAGCCGGAGUGAGGACGCCUUUGGACCAUUUUCGGAUGUUCCACGGGAAACUGCUUACGGGAGCGACUCACCAAGCGGCAGCGACCAGCAACAAGACGAUGCUCAAUCAGAUCCAAGGCUAGGAGGCAGCUAUGCAGAGCUCCAGCGUGAUCGCCCAGCGGAUACAGUGCAGCAGCAAGAUCCAAGGUUAGGAGACAGCAAUGCAGAGCUCCAACGUGAUCGCCCAGAACAUAUCGUGCAACAGGAAGCACUUGAACAUCAUCCUGAACUGAGAAUGCGGUCCUCGCAGGACGCUUCUCUUGAAAGUGAAGAAGAACUUGCAUUGAUGAAUAUACCUGAAGGGAAAGUAAUCCCAACAUUUCUAACAUUAGCAGCAGAUGAGACCGAACCUUUUGAACCAAAGACCCUCCGACAGGCAAUGAACGAUACAGGCUGGUCGGAACAGAACAAGACCUGGGAGCUGGUUGACCCUCCCAAGGAUCGACGAGUCCUUAGUGGAAAGUGGGUGUUCAAAUUGAAACGAGGAUCCAAUGGAGAAGUCAGCCGCCACAAAUGCCGAUGGGUAGUAAGAGGCUUCACUCAAGAAGAAGGCAUUGAUUACGACGAAACAUUCGCGUCCGUGGUCAAGCCAAUGAGCUACAAGGCUCUCCUUGCCAUCGCCGCGGCUUUGGACCUCGAGAUCGAACAGAUGGAUGUCAAAACGGCAUUCUUAUAUGGAUAUAUCGACCACGAGAUCUACGUCGAACAACCUUAUCACAUGACAGACGGCACGAGAAAGGUGUGCAAACUUCAAAAGGCACUGUACGGCCUCAAACAAGCACCCCAUAUCUGGUAUCAGACCCUAACCAAUUUCCUACGCACUCUCGGCUUCGAACCGAUUAAUGCCGACCUUGGUAUCUUUGUACGGAGCAGCGUCUACAUCGCAGUAUACGUUGAUAACCUUUUGAUCAUUAGACCCAGCAUCGCAGAAAUCAAGAACAUCAAGCGAUCCCUCAGAAACCGGUUUCAGAUAACUGAUUUAGGACCCUGCAGUUACUAUCUCGGCAUGUCUAUACGACGAGACCGACAGAACCAGAUCCUUUAUCUAAGUCAAGAAGCCUACAUCCACAAGGUCCUCCAUCAAUUUCAAAUGGACGACUGCACACCCGUCACUACUCCAAUCGACACUUCACCAAUGCCAGAAAACGAUCUAGAUUACGUCUGUCCCGCAAAUCAGAGAAUUGAAUAUCAGCGUGUCGUGGGAUCUCUGAUGUAUAUCAUGCUAGGAACCAGAGGCGAUAUUGCAUACGCCGUCUCGAUGGCGAGUCGAUACCUAUCCAAUCCGGGACCACAACAUGUAAAGCUUGCUCGGCGAAUUCUCCGGUACCUCAAGGGCACAAAGACUCUUCAACUCACCUACAAGGGCCAACUCCAAAUGCUAAAUGGCUUCACCGAUGCAGACUAGGCUGGCUGUCGUAACACAAGACGGUCAACAGCCGGAUAUCUGUUCAAUAUUA